AUGGCAUUGCUGCCCACCGAACCGCCAUGGAAUCGAGCACUGGAAUUGUGCGGUCAUGUUGUCGGGGCCAGAUCUCCCCGCCAAUCGUCAGUUCACGCCUCCAUCCACGACGCAGGGUGUUCGCCCUCCUCGGAGAAUGGCAAUUCUACCGCGGAUGGAGGAUCAGCGCCCGAGUUGCUCGCGACAACGCUUAAAGAUGAAAAAUACAUAGUGGAUACACUAAAAUUAGAACGGGAUUUGGCUAUGACCGCCGGAGCCUCGUACGACGCACACAUACCCUGGGAUCGAGAAGCGGUUCCCCUGCCAGAUGCAUACAACCCUUUGGACUUAGCCCCUGCUCUUAUUAAGGAGGAUUCAAUAAACCACAACACUCCAUGGGUUCACCUAGACCAGGUAGACAACCAUGUUCAUUUCAUCACCAAGGUCCAAAUGAUCAGGCGGCAGCGGCUGAAAGUCCAAGCUCUCAGGAUCCGAGCAAGAGACAAACGGAACUGGAUGAAGCACACGCGAAAUCGCCUGCACAAAGUUUUUCGUGAUUUCUUAAAGGCAAACGAGGCGUUUCACCGUCAAACACACCAUGACAAUACGACGACCAGCUUUCAGGAGAUGGGCUUAACCUUCCAAGAGUUGGAGGCCCAAGAUAUUGAUCUUGACGUAGUGGAGUCGAAUCUAGCCCCUGCGGAAUGGGAGUUGAAAGAGUCCGAGAAAAGGCUUUAUGAGGACCUAUUAGGGCCCUCGGCUUCUGAUGAGGAUGAUUCAGAGGUCGGCAUUCAAAUGACCGAAGCGACUCCUAGCUGGUUCCAUAAGAGACCGAACGAGAAGAAUGUCAAAGUGAGCCUCUUGCCCCCGUAUGAAGCAACUACCCAAGACCGACUAUCGGCAAUGUCAUGCCACAGGCAGGAAGUGAAGGAUAGACUUGUGAGCCUGACAAAAGAGUAUGCCGCGCUUCAAGAAGACGUGCAGAUGAGAGCAGCGGGCGGUCUGACUGUGGACGUGUUGUCACAGGAGGCUCUGAAAGAGCUCCCCGAGCGACGGGCGCAGUUACUGAGAGAGUUGGCCGAUCUGACUGUGGGCUUCAAUACACUAAAUGAUAUGGUGACUGAAGGCCCGGAUCUGAUGUCCAGGGAGGCAGACAUACUAUUUGGGCACGAUCAAUUUGACGACCUGCAACCCGAUGUGAUGACACAACAAUCUCUAACCGAGGAUGAUGAAGUCCUGCAUCUCCAAGCCCAUCACCAAGAGGAACGGAACGGUGAUAUUCUUCCCUUUCUGACUCAGCCGCUUGUGGUCACCUUGUCACAUCCCCAAGUCUUAGAAGAACAACCCUGUGUUCCUCCGUUGACUCAAUACUCAUCUAUCGCUUGGGACCUACGAGGCCGGGACGCGGAAACUCUGUCAGGCUCCGUCUCCAUGUGGAUCCUCGGGUGUGUGCAAUCGUCAUGGUGGUCCCUCAUCCGCUUCGUCUUCAUGAGUGAUCUUAAUGAGAGGUUUUCGACCAAGACUGUUGCAGACUACGUGAGGGCAACGUGGCUUGAGAGCAAUAUCAAUUACAUCCCUCUGACGGAUUUUAGCGAAGACCCGGAGUAUUCGGGAUUUUCAUUCACUCUUGAGGACGAGAUCUUUACUCCUCUAUCGGACGCCACCGACAGUCAGGAGCUUCAAUGGCAGAAUCGUCCACUGAAACGAAGGCGUCCGAGAAGUUCAGAGCUUUCCGACCACGCUUAUCCAAAGGCUGGUUGA